CUUUAAAACCCCAUUUACAGAGGAUGCUGUUACAACAACACAUUUAUUUUUGUUAGUUUUGUGUGCUUCAGUGUUUGCUCUUUCUGGCACACCAAUUCAUUUUCCAGUGGAGACCAUUGUGAGAUCGUAGGCUCGGAGGAUGACAGCUCAAGUGUAUUGCUUGUUUGGUUCGGUUUUAUUGUGUCUGCUUGGGAGCUUGAACAUAACCGAUGCUACUGUAGAUUUGAGCCAUAUUGCCAAGCUGGUGAAGCUGACAGACUUGCUGCCCCAUCAAAGAUGUUCUUCUGGUGGUCGUGGUUCAAUGAAACCAGGUCAAUGUCCUGACCCAAAGAACAUUCCACUGUCUGCUAAAAACUGUGUCCAUGAUGGUCAGUGUCCUGACACACAGAAGUGUUGCCCAACAACCAGUGGCCAUGGAUGCAGUGAACCAAGCGGCCAGGGCCAGGGAAGCUGUCAGAACGCGGGUCAGGGCGCCGGACAGGGAAGCGGCCAGGGUCAGGGAAGCGGACAGGGUGCCGGCCAGGGCCAGGGAAGCGGCCAGGGCCAGGGCAGCGGCCAGGGAAGCGGCCAGGGCAGCGGCCAGGGCCAGGGCAGCGGCCAGGGAAGCGGCCAGGGCCAGGGCAGCGGCCAGGGCAGCGGCCAGGGCCAGGGCAGCGGCCAGGGCCAGGGCAGCGGCCAGGGCCAGGGAAGCGGCCAGGGCCAGGGCAGCGGCCAGGGCGCCGGCCAGGGAAGCGGACAGGGCCUGGGAAGCGGCCAGGGCGCCGGCCAGGGAAGCGGCCAGGGCGCCGGCCAGGGUCAGGGAAGCGGCCAGGGCGCCGGCCAGGGUCAGGGAAGCGGCCAGGGCGCCGGCCAGGGUCAGGGAAGCGGCCAGGGCGCCGGUCAGGGUAGUGGACAGGGCGCCGGACAGGGUCAGGGUAGCGGACAGGGCGCCGGUCAGGGAAACGGACAGGGCCAGGGAAGUGGUCAGGGUCAGGGAACUGGUUUUGGCCAGGGAACCGGCUACGGCCAGGGAACUGGUAGUGGACAGGGUGUUGGUCAGGGAAGUGGCUACGGUCAGGGAAGCGGCCACGGCCAGGGUACAGGUAGUGGACAGGGAGUUGGUCAGGGAAGCGGCUAUGGCCAGGGAUCUGGUAGUGGACAGGGAGUUGGUCAGGGAAGCGGCUACGGUCAGGGAAGCGGCUACGGCCAGGGAUCUGGUAGUGGACAAGGAGUUGGUCAGGGAAGCGGCUACGGUCAGGGAAGCGGAUACGGCCAGGGAUCUGGUAGUGGACAGGGAGUUGGUCAGGGAAGCGGCUACGGUCAGGGAAGCGGCUAUGGCCAGGGAUCUGGUAGUGGACAGGGAGUUGGUCAGGGAAGUGGCUAUGGCCAGGGAUCUGGUAGUGGACAGGGAGUUGGUCAGGGAAGCGGCUAUGGUCAGGGAAGCGGCUAUGGCCAGGGAUCUGGUAGUGGACAGGGAGUUGGUCAGGGAAGCGGCUACGGUCAGGGAAGCGGCUACGGUCAGGGAUCUGGUAGUGGCCAGGGAUCUGGUAGUGGACAGGGAGUUGGUCAGGGAAGCGGCUACGGUCAGGGAAGCGGCUAUGGCCAGGGAUCUGGUAGUGGACAGGGAGUUGGUCAGGGAAGCGGCUAUGGCCAGGGAUCUGGUAGUGGACAGGGAGUUGGUCAGGGAAGCGGCUACGGUCAGGGAAGUGGCUAUGGCCAGGGAUCUGGUAGUGGACAGGGAGUUGGUCAGGGAAGUGGCUAUGGCCAGGGAUCUGGUAGUGGACAGGGAGUUGGUCAGGGAAGCGGCUACGGUCAGGGAAGUGGCUAUGGCCAGGGAUCUGGUAGUGGACAGGGAGUUGGUCAGGGAAGCGGCUACGGUCAGGGAAGCGGCUAUGGCCAGGGAUCUGGUAGUGGACAGGGAGUUGGUCAGGGAAGCGGCCAGGGAGUUGGCCAGGGAAGCGGUCUGUGAUGUGGUCUGGGAAAUUGUGGUCUCUGAAACUUUUCUUGGAAUUUUGCAUAACGUGUACAGAAGAUCUUUUCAAUUCAGUGCUAUGUUCAUAAGGAUUUUUCCUUUUUUGCUAUAACAUUUCAGAAAGACUAUCUCUGCUUCCUUCCCUUAAAUAAAAAGAAAAUUGCUUGACUGAAA